GGCAAGGACUCGAAAUCAAUGAUCGAGUGAAUCGUCCGGCGCCUCCCAUCGGAGAUAAUUUACCACUAUGGCAGAUAAACCAAACGCCCAGAAAAGUGUCAAAAUAGCCGCAGGAGCCGUCGUUUGUGUUGAAAGUGAAAUCAGAGGAGACGUCACCAUAGGCCCCAGGACAGUGGUCCAUCCAAAAGCUCGUAUUAUCGCAGAGGCGGGGCCCAUCGUGAUCGGAGAAGGCAAUUUGAUCGAGGAGCAAGCGCUGAUCAUCAACAGUUACCCCGAAAACAUCACACCAGACUCUGAGGUGGAACCAAAGACGAUGACCAUUGGCAUCAACAAUGUGUUCGAAGUUGGCUGUGUAUCACAAGCCCUGAAAAUCGGGGACAACAACGUGAUAGAAUCCAAAGCUGACCUCGGCAGGAAUGUGAUCCUCACCAGUGGCUGUAUCAUCGGAGCCUUCUGUCAGGUCAACACGUGUGAGGUCAUACCUGAGAACACAGUCAUCUAUGGCUCUGGGUGUAUGAGACGGGUUCAGACGGAGAGACCACAGCCCCAGACGCUUCAGCUCGACUUCCUGAUGAAGAUUUUGCCGAAUUACCACCAUUUAAAGAAAACUGUCAAAGCAGGCCACCCUACUAGCUAAAAUUUAGCUUUAUAGCUUUCAAGUUGAAUGAUAAAUGGUUGGUAUAACUAUAUUAUAAUUAGCGCUUGCUGGAAGCAUGAAUGUAUAUAAUUAUAUAUAAUAUGUACCUGGCUUCAUCAGUAAGUUUUCUCACAUUCUAAUUAAUAUUUUCUAUUCUAACCGCAACAGAUAAAGCAUUUAAUCUUUACCUCUUUUUGCUGAUUUGCUGUUUUCUAUGAUUAAUUAAAUAACCUUAAAAAUUGAAAA